AUGCCCGACGGCUCGCAGAAGUCAAGGCGGCAGCCUACUUUUAACACUAUCCAGCGUGAAGAAUCAUUCAAAAAUCCAUCCAAAACAAGCUCAACACAUCCGAUCCUUAACGAAUUUGUCACGCCUCAUAUCGAAUCCUUCAACGCCCUCUUCGAUGAUUCUGGACUGCCAAAGGGAGACGGAGAUGGUCGGGGACUGUUGUCUUUAGGUCUGAAGGACAUAGGCGAACGCGUCGUGUUCGAUGGCAGCGGCGAGCUUGGGACAGAGAGUGGUCAGCGUGGCUGGGGCAAUCGACUGAGCAUAUGGAUAGAAGAGGUAUCUAUAGCUCCUCCUAGAGUUCCAGACAGAGAUACAUGGAGCACUGAGCGCAAGAUAUUUCCUACAGAGGCUCGUGAACGCUUGACCUCUUAUCGGGGGCGUAUGCAAGCAAAGGUCUGCUGGAGCAUUAAUGGGGACAUUCAUCCCGAUCAAUUUGUAAUGCGGGACUGUGGUCUAGUUCCGAUCAUGGUUCGGUCUGUUCGAUGCAAUAUUCGUAGCCUACCUUCCGCAGAUCUUGUGAGGCGGCAUGAAGAGCCAGAAGAAUUUGGUGGCUACUUCAUUAUCAAUGGGAAUGAACGGUUAAUUCGCUAUCUGAUCCUUCCCCGUCGAAACCAUGUCACUUCGCUGCUUCGCCCAUCUUUCGCCAACCGUGGCCCUUCGUACACGCAGUAUGCAGUGCAGAUCCGCUGUGUUCGCCCUGAUCAAUCCAGCGUUACCAAUACUCUUCACUAUCUCUCAAACGGAAGCGCAAUGUUACGAUUCAGCUGGAGAAAACAAGAAUAUGUGAUACCCAUUAUGCUUAUCCUCAAGGCUCUCAUCGGCGCUUCCGACAGGGAGAUUUUUGAUAACGUCAUGAUGCAAGAUUACGAAAACACAUUUCUAACAGAUCGGGUUGAGCUGCUUUUGCGUAGUUUCAAGAUGUAUAGCUUGUACACUGGUGAUCAGUGUCUUGAGUACUUGGGCGACAAAUUUCGAGUCGUUCUUGGCAUGCCCGAAGACUGGACGAACCAAGCUCUUGGGGCUUGGUUAAUUCAAAAGAUGGUUCUGGUGCAUCUUGAAUCGGCUCGCGACAAAUUCCGGAUGCUAGUAUUCAUGCUGCGAAAGUUGUACAGUGUGGUAUCUUCCUCGUGCUGCGCAGAUAACCCAGAUUCGCCACAGCACCAGGAAGUACUGCUCCCUGGUUAUUUAUACGGCAUGAUCAUCAAGGAACGCCUUGAGGAAGCGCUGAACCAAGUGAGAAACCAGAUUGCGACAGAUGUCAGGAAAGAAGAACCACCGGUCGAUUUUCUUGACAAACGAUAUAUCAUGAAGGUUAUCAAUAAGGUGAACUGGGAUAUCGGUUCCAAGAUGUCAAACUUCUUGGCUACUGGUAAUCUGGUCUCACCGUCGGGUCUUGAUUUGCAACAAGCAUCUGGGUUUACUAUUGUUGCCGAAAAACUCAAUUGGAUGAGGUAUAUAAGUCAUUUUAGAUGUAUCCAUCGUGGUGCCUUCUUCGCCGAGCUCAAGACAACAACCGUUCGAAAGUUAUUACCAGAAGCUUGGGGUUUCCUGUGUCCGGUGCACACGCCUGAUGGUGCCCCGUGUGGUCUGCUCAAUCAUCUUUCGAGGACGUGCCGCAUUGUCACGGCACCUCUUUCCGUUGCUGAGAUUCCCGCACUCCUGGCAGCUCACGGCAUGACACAGGCCUUCUCAUCUUCAAUAGAUGGCCGGAAAAAUCUUUGCGUUCAACUUGAUGGUCGCGUCAUCGGCUGGGCAAGACAGUCGGUUGCUCAGCAACUUGCCACCAAUCUACGGAUAUGGAAAACCGAGGGUCGACACAAGGUUCCUCUUGAUCUGGAAAUCGGGUUUGUUCCUGAAUCGAAAGGUGGACAGUACCCCGGUUUGUUUCUGUUUUCUACCCGGGCGAGGAUGAUGCGUCCUGUGAAGUUCAUCGCCAACGGAAAGGACGACCAAGUUGGAUCAUUUGAACAGGUAUACAUGAACAUCGCAAUCAAACCUGACGAGGUCGAGCCAGAUGUUUCAACACACGUGGAACAUGCACCAACAAAUUUCUUGUCCAUCUUGGCAAAUUUGACGCCGUUCUCGGAUUUCAAUCAGAGUCCCAGAAAUAUCUAUCAGUGUCAGAUGGGUAAACAAACUAUGGGUACCCCAUCUACCGCCCUACAACAUAGAACGGACAACAAGCUCUACCGGUUACAGACUGGCCAAACUCCCAUUGUUCGGCCACAUCUAUACAACACUUACGCCAUGGACUCGUUCCCAAACGGCACCAAUGCCGUCGUUGCUGUCAUUUCUUACACCGGUUACGACAUGGAGGACGCCAUGAUCCUGAACAAAUCCGCACAUGAACGAGGCUUCGGCUACGGAACAGUCUACAAGUCUCAGAUAAUCGAUCUAAAGGAAAUGCGAGGGGCUGUCAAAUCAUCAGCAUCCCCUACACUACAUUUUGGUCUUGGUCACGAUGUUCGAACGGCCGAAGGCGAUGGACAGCAUACCUGCUGUCAUUUUUUGGAUAAAGAUGGCCUGCCGUUCAUCGGCACCAAAUUGGAUUCUGGGGAUCCUAUAGCCGCUUACAUUGAUGAGACUACCGGACGCACGAGGUUCGUCAAGUACAAAGGCGAUGAGCAAGGAAUCGUGGAUGAAGUGCGCAUGUUAGGUGGUGAUACUGGAGACAUAGAGUUGCAAAAAUUACAUAUCACUUUCCGCAUAACUCGUUCUCCCGUUAUUGGUGAUAAAUUUUCGUCUCGUCAUGGUCAGAAGGGUGUAUGCUCACAAAAAUGGCCCACCGUUGACAUGCCCUUCUCGGAGAGCGGAAUGCAACCUGAUGUUAUCAUUAAUCCGCAUGCAUUCCCAAGUCGUAUGACCAUCGGCAUGUUAGUGGAGAGCAUGGCUGGCAAGGCUGGCGCUAUGCACGGACUGGCACAAGAUGCGACCCCUUUCCAGUUCUCUGAAGAAGACAGGGCAAUUGACUACUUUGGCGAACAGUUAUUAGCAGCUGGGUAUAAUUACUACGGUAACGAGCCCAUGUACUCGGGCAUCACUGGGCAAGAGUUCGCCGCGGAUAUCUACAUCGGCGUUGUUUACUACCAACGUCUGCGGCACAUGGUCCUAGACAAAUUCCAGGUCAGAACCACAGGGCCGGUUGACCCAGUGACACGUCAGCCAGUCAAGGGCCGCAAACGUGCUGGCGGCAUCCGAUUUGGGGAGAUGGAACGCGACGCUCUGAUUGCUCAUGGGACGUCGUUCCUUCUCCAGGACCGAUUAAUGAAUUGCUCAGAUUACUCCACUGCAUGGGUCUGUCGGACCUGUGGCAGUCUCAUAUCCCUUGGUUACGAUGAUAUAAGUUUGGGCGAGUCAUCUGCUGGCACGAUGAAAGCAAGUGGUCCAGGUGGAGAGUACUGCAGAGUGUGCCGCGCAGUUGCCGAGGAAGAUGACGAACGAGCUCGCCAGGCUCUGAUCACAGGACAAAAUCCCGAUCGAAGUCCGUUGCCUGGCGUGAAGGUGGCUAUAUCGUCAUCGAACAUGCUGCGCAGGUCAUCAAAAGGUGGUGAUCUCGAUGUCGUGGCAGUCCCCUACGUGUUCCGCUAUCUUUGCGCCGAGCUGGCCGCCAUGGGCAUUGCCGUUUCAUUGGAAGUGCAAUGA